AUGGUCUUCGCCUGCAAANAGUGCAAANAGGCUUUCCGCAAGGAUGUUCAGGAGUUCGACGAGAGCGACGAGUACUGCCCACACUGCGACAACCACUUUGUCCUCGAAGCAAAGACGCCACAAGCCAGACUGCAGGUCGAGAGUGAGGAUGUCAGAAAGGACGCUCGUUUCGUCAAGGAUGAGCGCGUACGCGAGGAAGAGCAGCAGACCAUCUGGAACCUGAAAGAGGCCAGUGAGAGACUGGGUUGA